UAAAAUGUCAAGAUAAUAAUCUCCAAAAAGGGUUAAAUAAAUUUCAUAAGAAGAAAGAUAAAAGAAAUUGUUCAUGAAAACAGCUCUUAAUUCCCUAAGAAAGUAUUUCAAUAAUAAAGCUCUUCCGUAUCAUCCAUUAAUUACUUGCGUAAGCAUAAAACCUGGAUGUAUUAAUCGGUGUGCCUCUCUACAAUCAUAUCCUAACUAAAAUGUUUGGAAAUAUUUAGUAGAGUUGCCUAAAGCAAUUUAAUUAGAAGUUGCUGAGUUUCUAAUAAAAGAGUUAUAUGGAAAAUAAUAAAAAUUCUCCCCAAAAUUUUUAAUAGAAGCAACAUAGAGAAUCAAUAAUAACUUUGAUUUUUAAAGUUUCUACAAAGAUCCAACUUAGACUGAUAACAUUACAAAUGAGAAUGAAUUAGAAUUUUAUUAAAACAAUAUUAAUGAAGUCAAAAAUAAUGGAACUGUGAUAAAAUAGAAGAAGUGGUCAAAAGGUGAAGGUUUUGUAAGUGAAUCAAAGUAAAUUUCAACUUAGAUGAGAUUAUGUAAUUAAUAUCCUCCAUUGAUCAAAGUCGAUUAAGUUCAUUAUCAUAAAAUGAGAUGCCUUCUAGAAAAAAUCAAAGUUUAGAAAUAUAAAUAGUCAGAAGAAAUGAAAAUAUUUGUAGAAGAACUUUAAAAGUUUAUUUAAAAGGAUCCUAAAGCUCAUGAUCUUAAACCUAAAAAGAAGAUUAAAAAAUCUAAUGAUUAAAAGGAUUACUAGUAGGAUGAUGAAGAAUCAAUUUAAAGAUCAAAAACUCUCUUAAAUGAAGUCAAAGUUGAAGAAAACUCAGCAUAAGAUUUCUUAGAGCAAUUCAAAAUGAAAAUUAAAUCAAUUGAACCUGGAAUUGUGAUGUACCUUCCUGAAUACUAAAAAAUUGAUCCUUAAUAUCGCUAAUUUUACAAAAACCUAGAGGAUAAUUACUAUAAAGAUUUAUAUUAUAAGGUAAGGACCGAAGAUUUAAUUCUAAAUCCAUAAAAUAUUCUUAAGCUCCUUAAGUAAGCAUUCCAAAAUGUGAAUUAUAUUAUUCCUUUCAAAGAAGAGCAUGAUAUUUCUUAGAAGUGA